GGAAGGAUUUUUGGCUCCCAUCCUGUGAAGGGGCAAUUUCCGCCGCGUGGCAUCUCUCAUAGCCGUAGGGGCCCGAGCGAUCCCUGACGCCGAACCGCGCAGGCGGAGCUUCGGGCGCAGAGAAGGCAAGAAGGGACUUCCUCGACCUUAAUUACACAGCUGCGAGACAAUUGGUGCACCGCGGAUUAGGACCCAGAUAAUCAGUGGGAAAUGGAAUCAAUCACUGUGGAUCCAAGGGUAUUGUCUCUAGCUGCUGAGGUUGCAGAAAGCCCUGAACAGAACGUUCCUGUUAUACUGUUGAAGUUAAAAGAAAUAUUAAACAGUGUCCCUUUGGGAAGCUCAGAAUUAAAGAAGAUUAAACAGGACAUAUAUUGCUAUGACCUCAUUCAAUAUUGCCUAUUGGUUCUUAGAAAAGAUGUCACCAAAAUCCAAGGUGGUUGGAUGACUAUUUCCCAGCUUGCACAGAUAUUAAGCCAGUGCUGCGUGGGCUUGGAACCAACAGAAGAUGCGGAAGAAUUUUACAAUAAGUUACUUCCUUCGGCUGUAGAAAGUGUCCUUGUUUUAGGGAGACUGUUGCAAAAAUAUUACAUCAGUGCAGUUGAGGAUGAAGAAAAAGGUGAAUUCUUGUGGCAUUUCCAGAGUGUGAUAGACUCUCUGUGCUGGUUACUAGGAGGGCAUAUUCAGCUCACUCAAUAUGUACUACAAAGUGAUCAUUAUUUACAUUUGUUGCUAACUGAUGAUGUUGAAACAGGAUCUGCAGUCAUGACUGUACUACAAAACAUCUUACAAGUCAAAAGUGGAGACUUGCUCACAAUAAAAGAAAAAGCCCUUCAUUCAAUUUUAGAUGAACUUAUUUUUAAGCUUUCAUCUUCAACGAGUCUUAUCAUUGGAAGUAUUGCUAUAAAACUGUUGCUGUUGGUGGCCAAAUCCCAACCAGAAAUUCUAGUGCUGCUAAGAAGUCGGUAUACAGGACUUAAAAGUAUGCUAAAUAAGCAGUGGUCUGGGAAAGAAAUUGACCAAGAACUUAAACAGCUUCGCAGUCUGUUAUCUUCUGAAGUCUACCAGGAAGAAGAUCAGAAAUUUUAUCAAGCAGCUUACAAGAUCCAGGCUGCAUGGAAGGGUUUCCAGACUAGAAAGAGAAUCAAGAGACUGCCAUAUGCGGUGACUAUUUUGCAGAGGAAUUUCAGAAAUAAACGAGAAAAACAGCUACUGAAACUAAAGAAGCAGAAGGAAGAAGAGGGCCUCAGGUUACAGUUGCAACUUCAGAGACAAAGAGCCAUGAGAAUAUCCCGGGAACAUCAGCUAAAUUUGCUGGAAAUAGUCAAUCCAGGUCAGGUGGGAAAACACAUCCAAGAAAUGGAGGAAAAAUCAGCACUGAUUAUCCAGAAACACUGGAGGGGAUACAGAGAGAGGAAAGACUUUCAUCAACAAAAACAGUCUCUAAAGGAGUAUAAAGCAGCAGUUAUCCUUCAAAGAGCUGCUCUUAAAUUUUUAAGAAAAUGUCAAAAGAAAAAGAAAAUGUCUUAUUCUUGGCAAGGACUCCCAGAACUUACUGAUGCACGUAGAAUGGAACUGAAGCAACAUGUGGACAAUUACAUUGAACGGCACUCAGGCUCUGAAAUGUCAGAUGUGGCUAGCAGGGAACUUCAUACCCAGGCUCAAGAGCGGCUGGGGCGCUACUUCUUAGGAAGGGCUCUAGAAGAGCGAGCCCAGCAGCGAAGGGAGGCUUUGCAAGCUCAGAUCAGCACCAACAUUGAGCAGCUGAUGAGUGCACCACAUCUGAGGGAGAUUACAGGACAGGAGCCUGAACUCUUCAUAAGCAGGUCUCGGCCUGUGGCCACCAGAGCCAAGCAAGCCCACCUUGCUACACUAAUAGAGGGACAAGCACCUUGGUGGAAGAAACUUGGGAAUGAGGUUGCGGAUGAAGAAGUUACCCCAAAAGAAGCUCUAAAUAUAGAUUUGGGAACCUUAUUUAUUGGUGGAAGCAAAUCUCCUUAGGAACUGAGCCUGGGCACCAGUCUUAGAGGUGUCACAUUAUAAGGAUAGUAUUCUACCUAGAGCUAUCUAUCAGUCUUUACUAUUGGAUAUGCCAAGAGAUUUGGGUAAUCCAUGGGUUUACUGUCUCAGUGAUCUUGCUUCCCUGCUCCCCCUCAAAUAAGGCUCGGUCUGUAUUUUAGGAGACAGUUAAUUUCUACCUCAAGACUCCUUUCUCUUCUCCCUUUUCAUUUCAUUUCUCCAUCAUGAAUACCAAGAUGACUUGGAACUUUUGCUGUGGAAUUAAACACAGAUUGAUGCUA